CAUCCCUCCACCCCUGCAGACGUCUUCUCUUACAGGGAACGACAAGCCCGGGGCAGGAGGGAGGCCAUUUGGCAAGUUUUGAGAAUCUCCAGCCAGUCUCUAGAGGGGAAACUACAGAACCAUGUGGAAUUUGUGGUUUUGGUUUUGUCUGGCACUCUGCACCGCAGACCACUUCAGGGAUGAAGCAGAGAGAAUCAUGAGUCAGACUCCCUUAAUUGAUGGGCACAAUGAUCUACCAUGGCAAAUACUGACGAGGUUCAAUGGUCAGCUGCAGAACCCAAAAGCCAACCUGACCCAGCUGGAGGGCACACACACCAAUAUUCCAAAGCUGAAGGCUGGCUUUGUGGGCGGCCAGUUCUGGUCGGCUUACGUGCCCUGCAAUACUCAGAACAAAGAUGCAGUGAAGAGAACCCUGGAGCAGAUCGACCUCAUUCACAGAAUGUGUCAGACGUACCCUGAGACAUUCCUGUGUGCCACCAGCAGCUCCAAUAUAAGGCAGGCCUUCCAGCAGAAGAAGGUGGCCAGCCUGAUUGGCGUGGAGGGUGGCCACUCCAUUGACAGCAGUCUGGGCGUCCUGAGGACAAUGUACCACCUGGGCAUGAGAUACAUGACCCUCACCCACAGCUGUAACGUCCCCUGGGCUGACAACUGGCUAGUGGAUAGAGGAGAUGACAACCCCCAAAGCCAUGGCAUAUCAAAAUUUGGAGAAGAUGUGAUCAAAGAAAUGAACCGCUUGGGUAUCAUGAUUGAUCUGGCCCAUGUCUCAGAGGCAACCAUGAAGGCUGUGCUGACCCUGUCUCAAGCCCCCGUGAUUUUCAGCCAUUCCUCUGCCUAUCAGUUGUGUCACCAUAAACGGAACGUGCCAGAUAAUAUCCUCCAGCUGGUGAACGAGACCCGAAGUCUGGUGAUGGUGAAUUUCUACAACGAGUAUGUUUCCUGUCAAAACGUGGCUACCCUGUCUCAAGUAGCAGAUCACCUGGAUUACAUCAAGAAAGUUGCUGGUCCAGGAGCUGUGGGCUUCGGUGGGGACUAUGAUGGUGUUGACAAUGUCCCAACAGGCCUGCAGGAUGUCUCCACUUAUCCAGACCUCAUAGCUGAACUUCUCAGAAGGAACUGGACUGAAACAGAAGUGAAAGAUGCCUUGGCCUAUAACUUGCUGAGGGUCUUUGAAGAGGUGGAGAAGGUAAGCGACCAUAACGCCCUGCCGAAUGAGAACUUCAUCCAACUGAGUGAGCUGGAAGGUUCAUGCAGGACCUCCUACGGCUAUCCGAACCACAGCUACCAGCACCGACCUGGAGUCCUACCUGUGGUCCUCGCUCUUCCUCUCCUUUACCUGUGGCUGCUAUGACCCCACCCAGCCCACUGCCAACCUCAAUUCACAGGCUGUCAGCAAGAGCCGAGAUGACUGCAGGGCUGGAUCUAUCUAGCCCAAGGCCUCAAAGUGGGGCCAAAUCUAUC